AUGACAGCCAUCUUCUUACUACAAAUCUGCUUCGUCUCGACCUGUUCUCACACUCUCUUGAAUGACCACCAAAAACAUUUGAACAACUACAAGGCUAUCGUUGCCAGAAGAACGAACCACGCUCACUCCUCCGCCGCCUGGAGACAAAGGCAUAUUCGGAAGGCCGCUAACGCCUCUCCCUCUCAUUCUUUGCCUAAGCGCCGCCGGGCAUACACCGCCAACUGUCAAUCGCUUCGGGAGGCGUCACGCAACCGUUUUGCUCGUGCCGAGAUGCAGAGCGUCCACGAGAUUCGCCGUCGUUCCUCUGUGGUCGAGCGCCCGCCGGCCGAUUCGCCCGCCACGACCACGACGGCAUUCACACCCCAGCCCAUCUUGCUCCCAAGACCGACCCAUUUCAAGCCCGCAGACAUGCAAGUCGAGACCCUUAUAGGAGAGAUGGAAACCCCGGAAGCCACGACGCCGCCCCCUCCGACACCGUCGACACAAGAACGCCUCUCACGCGCGGCACGUUCGACUUCCAAUGCAUCGCGUAACACCAAUCGCCUGUCGCUUACACUGCCAAUCGCUCCUCCCACCAGCGACCCUUCCCGGCCAGCUUCAGUCGCGACAGCGUCUUACCCUCCCACACCCGCUGACACCUCAGCUGUCACCUCCCCGUCCGACCCUAACGACUUCAUCAUUGCGAUAGCAGCGCAAGAGCGUCGAGUUUUGGAGAUCCGGGAGGAAUUGGCGCGCGCCGAAGCUGAACUCGCGAAAUUGAAGCACGACUGGACCGCCCAGUCAGCUCGGCGAAAGAGAGAGCUGCCCCAGCGCCCUCUGGCUCCGCAGUUUGAGCCAUCAUUACUAGAUGAUGAUGAAGCGGCUUCGAAACGGAGUGUUGAGUUGGAUAGGAGGAAGGCGCUUCUGAGAGAUUUGCAGGGACAAACCGGCCCACGAGAAUACAGACGAAGAGUCCUCCGUGGCGGGCACACAAGGACCCUGUCGCUGCUCUCGCCCACGAAACCGGAAGGUUUCGCUGUCCACGAGGACGCCUCCAGCGUCAGGUCGUUGGAGCUCCGCUCACCAGUGAUGACCCCGACACAUGCGGCACUGCCGAAGAGGGCUUCCUGGCAACCGCGGACUUACAACACGGCUACACCUGGAGUGAAGCAGAUUGCGCAAGACUUCAGAGUAGGUCUCUGGAGUUUUGUGGAGGAUAUCCGUCAGGCCACUGUCGGCGACGAGCCCAUCCAUGGUAUCAGCCGCCCUGGCUCGACAGAACCCGGAAAGAGGGUAGGGUCUUUCGGCGACCAUGACACCAUCAAGGCGCUCAACUCUCGAGCCAGAGCGCCAUUGAGCUCUGCUUUUGACUCGCCCGUCGACACCCCUACGAAGUCAGCCAGACCAUUUCAAGAACGACCGAACCCGAAGCCGGCCGCGAAGUCCACGACCACCAAGGCGAAGCACUUCUCGUGGACGCCGUUGACGUUUGAUUCGUUUGAUGACGACUGGUCGAACUGGGAAUCGCCCACUGUUUCGUCUGCCAAGUCAGCUCGCUGGAGCGGCUCGACCGUUGGUGGAGCUGAAGGAAUAGCUUCAAUGUCCGAGAACAACGACGAGAACGUGACACCACUUAAGAAGAAGUCGCCUAUCACCGUUGAUACUUCGGCCGGAUCUGACUCCCGCCCCGAGUCAGCCCUUCUGUCACCCACUCAACUGGGUGAGCUUCUCCCUCAGGUGGUGAACAAACUUUCCCCUGGCAAUCUUAAGCGCACUGCCAACAACCUCAUGGACGAGUGGGAGAGGAGUCUUUCUCCACCGCGAAAGCAGCAUGACGAAGAGGAGCAGCUCAUCGAUUUGGAGACCACGGCCUGA